CCACCCACAGCCAUUAGUCACUAUAAAUACCUACACCACCUUCGUCCCUCAAAACCCAUCAUUCAUUCUUUUUUCUUUCUCACCCCUCCAAUUAAGAAAAAGAAAAAACACAAAUCUAUCUGUUAUAAUAGCAUAUGUCUCAGAGGCCAAACGUCCCUCACUCUUCUUCUGUAGCCUUUGGUCUCCAUUCCCAUCUCUUGGUUUCCAGUGAGAUGAACCCAAAUUCCAACUGGUGUUUCUUCUUCUAGUUCCCGGAAUUUAUAUAUUUCUUAUAUAAAUCGUUCUAAUUUCUUGGAGAAAGAGAGAAACCAGAACCCAGAGAAAGAUAAUCUUUUAUUUACUUAUAUACCAAAAAUGGGAGUGAAAGGUUUUGUUGAAGGAGGGAUAGCUUCAAUCAUUGCUGGGUGCUCCACGCAUCCUCUUGACCUUAUUAAGGUCCGAAUGCAACUCCAAGGCGAAACUCACGCUCCGACUGCUGUCCAAACGCUCCGUCCUGCUCUUGCUUUCCACCCUCCUGGCACCACUACCCCCGCAUCGGCCAUACACGUCCAUCCUCCUCGCGUGGGCCCCAUUUCUGUCGGUGUCCGUAUCGUCCAGCAAGAGGGUGUUGCCGCUCUUUUCUCAGGUGUCUCCGCCACGGUUCUCCGUCAGACUCUCUACUCCACCUCCCGUAUGGGUCUGUACGACAUCUUGAAACAGAAGUGGACAGAUCCGAACACAAAAACCAUGCCUUUAUCAAGCAAGAUUGUCGCAGGAUUAAUUGCCGGUGGUAUCGGAGCUGCCGUCGGAAACCCUGCUGACGUGGCGAUGGUACGUAUGCAAGCUGACGGACGUCUCCCACCUGCUCAACGCCGUAAUUAUAAGAGCGUUGUGGAUGCGAUCACCCGCAUGACAAAACAGGAAGGCAUUACUAGUCUCUGGCGCGGCUCAUCUUUAACAGUGAACCGUGCCAUGUUAGUAACAGCAUCACAGCUAGCAUCAUACGAUCAAUUCAAGGAAAUGAUUCUCGAAAAAGGGUGGAUGCGUGAUGGGCUUGGGACCCAUGUCACGGCGAGUUUUGCGGCGGGGUUUGUGGCGGCUGUUGCGUCGAAUCCCGUGGAUGUGAUUAAGACGAGGGUGAUGAAUAUGAAGGUGGAACCAGGAAAGGCGCCGCCGUAUUCUGGAGCGUUGGAUUGCGCGUUGAAGACUGUAAAAGCUGAAGGGCCGAUGGCGUUGUAUAAAGGGUUUAUACCAACGAUUUCAAGACAAGGGCCUUUCACUAUUGUGUUGUUUGUGACCUUGGAACAGGUCAGGAAAUUGCUCAAGGAUUUCUGAGGAUCUAUUCAUGAUGAUGAUGAUGAAAAUUAGCUUCUUUUUUUAAAAAAAAAAAAAAAUUCUUUGGAUUUGGAUCGGUGGUUAUGAAUAUUAGUUUUUCAUAAUCAAGCUUUUCUUUUCAUUUUUUUUUCCAAAAUUUGUAUUUCUAUUUCUAUGUGUAAUGGUCAUUCUCUUAUAGUCUAAAUAAAUUAAUAAUUAGUUAUUGAAAAAAUAAUAAUUAAA